CCCCUUCCUCAUUCACUAAUAAACAUUAAAAGCUGCAACAUGACAAUGCCGGCUCCGAAAAACGAUCCCUUUAUUGAUCUUGGGCCAAGUUUACCUCCAGAGGAAGAAUUUCUGCGCGGAAAGGCCUUACUUCAAAGCAUGCACAGCGGACAGCACCAGUUCCCAGACGGCUCACAAAGACUUGCCGUGACAGGUAGUCUCUAUGAGCAUCUAGUGGCUCUGAUAAAAACGCUGCUUGAAGAAAAACCGUCGGAUGGGCUGGACCGGUUCGAGGCACUUAGUUGGUCCGUCAAAAGAGAAUUAGGCGGUGGACUUGGUGGACAGCCUCAGAACGCAGGUAUCCCACAAUCUGAGCUGCUUCUUAUUUGGUUAGCUAUUCGCCAUUUGGCCCAACUACUGCCAAACGUAGAGAAGCUGCGCUUUUGGGGGAAGAUAAUUGGUCUAGAAGCGAAUUAUUACAUAGUUGAGGUUGAUGUCAAUGAUCCAAAUAAUCCACCGGAUUCAGGUGUUCCUGGCCCUUGGGACAAAUGGCGAAUGCCAAGUUUGGUGGUUUCGCAUUACUCGCUUGAUGAAGAGGCUAAGCAGAUGAAUGGCCAAACGAUAGAAGUCAUAGAAAUCCGUACAGCCUCUGCGUAG